AUGGCUUCCCCCAGUGUCCUCACUUUUGAUGCUGAGGGCCGUGCCGUUGACUUUGAGGUCUGGGUCGAUGACCUCCAGCUGUUUCUUCAGUGCGAUAGGGCGGACUGCCUCUCCCUGUUUGACCUCACUUCUGGUGCCUCUCCUGCCCCUGCUGCUGAUGCUGACGCCACUGUUCGCUCACAGUGGGCCACGCGCGAUGCUGCUGCUCGCCUUGCUGUGCGCCGCCACUUACCAACCACUGAGCGUGCACACUUUAGCCGGUACAAGAGUGCUCAAACCUUGUACGACGCUGUAGAUGCACGCUACUCUUCCCCUGCCACUGCUGCACUGAGCCGCCUCAUGUUACCGUACCUCUUCCCUAACCUUGCUACCUUUCUCACAGUCGCUGACCUCAUUACGCACCUCCGCACUAGUGACACUCGCUACCGCGGUGCGCUUCCUGCUGAGUUCUACGCCAAGAACCCCCUCCCCCAUGUACAUCACUCUCUACCAAUAGUCACCCGGCUCCCUGACUCUCUCCGCGUAGUCAGAGACCAGUUCCUCUCAGUUUGCCCCACCACUCUCACCGUUGACCUCCUCGAGAAGGCCCUCCUAGCGAUAAAGAAGAGCAUAGUCGCUGUAGGAGCCUCUCGUGGUGACCCUCGCACCCCCGUCUUUGAGGGUCGGUCGGCGCUGCGUCUGCCCCAAACGGGAAACGACGCACCGGCAGGGGCAAGGGGGGCAAAGGCAUUUGAGGGGCUGGAGAGGGCGGUGGAGGUGGUGGUGGAGGCAGUGGAGAGAGUGGGGGUGGUGGUGGGAGUGGUGCCGGGGGUGGUGGCGACGGCGGCAGCAGUGGAGGAGGCGGAGGCGGUGGAGGUGGCGGAGGGAGCGGAGGAGGCGGAGGUGGCGGAGGAGGCGGAGGUGGAGGAGGCGGCGGAGGCGGCGGCGGCGGCGGCGGCGGCGGCGGUGGUGGAGCGGGUCGCGACUCUGCGCAGAGGAGUGGCUCAGCGCGGUGGGGGUUUUGGUCCCUGCGCUUACGUCCUCCGUACCGUCGACCGAGCUGGUGAGCAGUGCGGAGGCCCGCACUCCACCCAGCGCUGCUUUGGUCGCCUGACGGACGCGUGGCGUCGCCAGUUCCCAGAGGUGUCAGAGAUCCCUCGCUGGGGAGAUCUGUCUAAGGCCGGGGUUCCUAUCUUUGAUCUUGAUUUUGAUGCUAUUCUUGCUGCCAUGUAUGCUGUUGAUACUAGUGUUGCGGGUGACUGUUACCUGUGUGUACCGCCUGACCCGGGCAUUGAGGCCGCUGCUCUAGGUGCUGGUGAGGCUGCUGCUCUAGGUGCAAGUGCGUCUGCUGCCCCAGGUGCCAGUGCGUCUGCUGCCCCAGGUGCUGGUGAGUCUGCUCUCUUAGGUACUACGACGGCUCAGGCCUUCCACACCUUCACCCUAGACUCGGGUGCGUCCCGCUCCUUCUUUCGAGACCGCACCACUCUUACGCCGCUCUGUCGGCCGGUUGCAGUCUCCCUGGCAGACCCCUCUGGGGGUCCUGUCCUUGCUAGCUUCUCCACUGUCCUACCGUGCCCGGCAGCCCCCUCUGGCACCCUGUCUGGUCUCUACCUCCCCUCGUUCUCUACGAACUUGGUGAGUGGAGCGGACCUACAGGAUAGGGGGGUUGACCAGUUCACUCCUGCGAACUCUCCUUUGGCACCACCGCCUUGGUCACCCCUCCUUGCCUCGUCUCCGCCAGCGCGCCGCAGCGAUCGCGUGUCGGCUGCUGCAGCUCGCGCCUAG